GUAAAGCUAAUAAAAACUAUAGCAGAACAGAGUAAUCGGCAUAAAUUAGAAGAAAAUCGAAAAAAACGUGAAAUAGCACAACUGCAAAAAGAACAUCGAAAACAAGAAAAUGCCGUUAGAUCGCUAAAGGCUAAAAUGGAGGCAAAAGAUCAAAUUUUAAAACGUAAAACUGAAGAAGUUUCAUCUUUGCGUCGUAGUCAACGGUCGAUUCAGUCAUCCUUCCGAAUGAAUAAAAAAGAUAAAGAAUUAUUUGAUGCACAUAAUGCUCUUCAAAAUUGGAGCAACCUUUCCAGAGCUUUGGACAAAGCGGCUCGGAAUCGUCAUAUGUUACUACAAUUCGAACAAGAAUUAGAACGAUUAAUAAAUGAACGUAAUACCUUAACACAGACAUUGUCCAAUAUUAGCCAAAACAACGAACUUGAGAAUGAGGUGGAUUCAGUUCAGUCAAACUUAAACUACAUACAAGAAUGCAUAAAAACAAUUCAACAAACAAUAAUGGAAUUGGAAGAUAAUAAGGACGUUGAAAAUUACAAUUUUAAUAAUAUAAAAAUGAUUAUUACAAAUAUUAAAAAUAUUGAAGAGGCUAAAUAUUUACUACAUCGAUUAGCAACCUAUGCUAUAAAAUUAUCGUGCAGUAUAGUAAUUAUUGAAAGUAAAUUAUCGGAACAUAUUACUUUGCUUCAGGACGCGCAACAAGAAAACUUCAUUCAGCAACAAUUACUGCAACAUUUCUUAGCUCAAAGUAGUUCGGAAAAAAUUACCGAUUUAUUUGAGUCAAUAACUGCAAGUGUAUCGAAACUGUCAACUAAUAACCUAAGUGAUUCUCAAAGAUCACUUAAAAGUAAUGAAACAUAUGAUAUACCUUUAACUGAUAGUACUUUGAUUAUAAAUGACGACAUAGCCGGUAGCUCUUCAUCCCCAAUAUUAAAUGAAAUAACCACAAAAAUUCGUAGCCGAGCGGCCCUCCCACAUAUUAUGUUAUUUGGUGAGAAGAAAUAACUGUAUAACAUAUUCUAAAUGUAUGUAUAAAUAAAUGUAGGUAUGUACACUGAUUCAAACAUUUAUCCAUACAGCAUGUAUUUAAAAACAUAUUUAGUAAUAUUUUCUAAAAUAUUUGUCCGAUUUACAAAAAAUUUGUUUUUAUCAUAAGUGAAACUGUCCUAAUAAAUAUUCUAUUUUUAUUAUUUUUAAAUACAACACCUCUAUAAUCAAACUCAAAAAAUUGUCCGUAAAGAAGAAAAACAGUAAAAGGAUACAGCUCUAAAAUAUAACGGUGCAUUAAAAUGAGCACAAUAUAAUUAAUUAAAUAUUUUAUGACAACAUUUGGAAACUAAUACGUCAUAGGAGACGAUUUUCAGUUAGUUAAUGAUAACAACCCAAACCGCUCAUCGAAAAUUUUAGGUAGGUAGGUAGGUUGAUAGGAGGAUGUAUAUUACAUCAAAUCGGAAGAAAUACACCUAGGCCACUAUCGGGCCUGUUGUGCGCUCCUUAUCAUGAAAAAAAGGGAACUGAAU